GCUUGAGUAAACUACGAUGCACAGGCUUUGCCAGUAGUAUUCCAAAACAAGGCAGCUGCAAAGAGCAAUCAGCUGAGCUAGGAGGAGAAAGAGGGAGAGAGUGCGAAAUUAAAGAGUGGAAUGUCGUGUCGGACCCACUUCCUUUGUUUCUAAAGAAGAGCCUAACUUGUGAUGCUUAAGCUCCGGAGGAGAAUAAAAUGAAUCAGAGCAGCAGACUACAGCGCCGGGAAGUGUCGCCGGUAGAGUUCGCCCGGCCUCGGGUCUUCGUGAACCCAGAUCCACUUGAAGGUCAGUGUUGGUUCAGAAAAGAUUCAAAUAUUAAAAGGGCUGCAAUUGAUUCUGGUUGCAGCAUAGUCCUUCCUGCAGAAGAUUCUUUUGCUGAUGAGAUAUGGAAAAAGUCAUCUCCCAAGAAAACUAUUGAAAUUCCUAAAAUGAGACUGUUAGAGGAAGAAUUGUCAAAAGUGAAAGAAACUAAGCAUCCUUCACCACCCAGUUUAAUUGCAAGACUGAUGGGUCUUGAUGCAUUCCCCCCAAGAAAGAAAGAUAUGGGCAGUGACUGCCAAAUAACCUCAUACCCAAGUCUUUUGGGUAAUUAUGCAGAUGGUGAGAACUGCUCGCCUUGGAGAAACACCGAGAAACAAGAGUUCAAAGAUGUUUUUGAAGUAACCGAAGCACCCAAGAGUAGGAAGCAUACAAAUCACUCUGAUACGAUGGCAACUCAUAAACGAAGAGUAUAUGAAGUCGAUGCAAGUAUUGCAAGGAAGAAAUUUGUGGGUGUAAAGGGGCAAUCAUCCAUAGAACUGCUUCACGAUUGUAAGGAAUUCGAUUGUGCCUUUGAAAUCACAGAUUCUGGCAAAGAUAUUUCUUUGGAACAUAUCCAAGAUUCGAAGUCUCCAUUUGCAAGGCAUCUUCAAGAUCUGAAACAUACACCAUCCUCGUCUCGGUCAAGUAGGAUCAUUGUACUAAAACCAUAUAAAGGUAGUACUGAGCAUCGGAGCAAUGAAGUUCAGUGUAGGCCAUGCAGAACAGAAAAGGGUAAUGAUAGGUUCUAUCAUCUACAUUCUGAAAUCACAGGCUCUUAUAUGCCAUAUGCAACAAGACUUAAAAAAUGGCAUAGUGAGCAAGACAGAAGGUCUCUUCCAUAUAAUCCCCCACCAUCAAGGGGCAGAUCUGAAACAGGUGUUCUUCCUGUUCCCAUUGUUGUCUUAAAGCCAAUUCGCAAGAAAGCAGAAAAGGUCACAAAGGCUAGUUUUUUAAAACAUGAUCACCUCUGGUUUGAUUCUAAAAAAGACAGAAAAAUUGCAGAAUCUAGAACUCGGGAGUUUCAUGGAGAGCGAAAUGGACAGAAUUUGUUCCAUUGUAAUUACGGAUUGAAUAACAAAGUAGAUGGUUCAGAAAGAAUAUAUAGGAAUAUCACAAGAAAAAUGAGGCACAAUAGGAAUAGACUUGCAAAAUGGAAUUUUACCUCUCAAACCGGUGCGUAUGCUGGAACUAGGGACUCAUUGAUGAUGCCAUGUAUUGCAGAACUCGUCCACUCAGACACAUUUCCUCAGUCCCCUGAUGCUUAUGGGGAUUUGGUUAGCAGCUUUACCUCAUCAACUAUAAAAACUAAAUCUUAUGUUGCUAUGGAGCCAAGCCACUAUUCUAAGAGAUGGAAUGUCACCCAACAGUUUCAUGAUAGUAGUUAUAUUUCUCGAUGUUCAAGCACGCCCAAUGAAGAUUCUGAACCAUUUGAGGAAGAGACAACAAAGUAUACUCUAGAUUUUAGCAAGAAUAUUUCUGCUAAAAAUUUGUCUAGAGAUGAGGUACUCUUCGACAAAAUCUGUCAUUUGGGUAUUAGCAGCAAGGAUGCCUGUAGAUUUGGAAGUUCCAGAUUCUCUCCAAGCUCAAAAUCAAUUCCAGAUUCAGGCAUGCCAAAAUUAAUUGACAGAAAAUUAGUUGGUGGUAAGACUAUACUUGGAAAUGUACCUGAUGUAGAAUCCUCUGACUCUUUAGAUGCAAAGUUUUGCAUGCUAAUACCACAAGUUAAAAAGUCUGAACACCAAAAUCACAGUUAUCAAUUUGAUGAUUCUAUUGAAGAUAAAGAUAUGCUACCUGAAUGUGAGAUCCAUGUCGAUUCAGAGGGACUUGGAAAGAAAGUUUCUAAGUUAAAUACUGCACCCACUAAUCAUUCCAUGACUGGAAGAUAUUGCCUAAACGAUAGUAUCUACAUUCCUAUACCUGGAGAUGAGGCAUGGAAAUUGAUCACUCAUGACCAGGAGCUUGGGUCUACAUUUCAAGUUCCAUCUAGUCAUACUCAUAAUCACAUAGUAAUCCAGGAAAAAUUAAGCAGCCAUCCUCGAGUAAAGUUCAUUCUACCUGAAUCAAAUAUAGCAGAAUCACAACUGAAAUCCAAUGACAUUGAACAGCCUAGUCCAAUCUUGGUUUCAGAAACCCUAUCCGAGAAUGAAACUUAUAGCUCUGGUUGCUUUGAUAGAUUAAGUGCAGAGCUUAAAGAACUUCGGUCACAACUUCAGCGUCUAAAAAUGGAAUCAGCUGGUACAUGUGCAGAGGAAAGUGAGGUUCUCAUGCUAAGUGAUGAAGAUUGUGCAGGAAGCAAUACCAUACUUCUAUCUUCAGGGGAUUCACAUGAAGGAUUCAGAGAUGAUGACGAUAGAGAUUUCACAUACCUUCUUGACAUACUUGUGGAGUCAGGUAUUCAAAAUAUCAACGACAGUAAGCUCUUGAACGCUUGCUGUUUGCUCGAUUGCCCUUUAGACCAAAGUGUUUUCAGUAAACUAGAGAAGAAGUAUGAUGGAAUUGCUGCAACAUGGUCAAGAUUAGAGCGAAAAUUAUUGUUUGAUCUUAUAGGUUGCUGUUUAGCAGAUUUAGUUAGCUCGUCCAUGGGUGUUUGCCCGCAGUUAAUAUCAAGCACAUGUCUGCCAGCCUGUGACUGCGGCAGUCUUAUCGAAGGUCUCUGGCAAAUUGUGGCUGAACAAAAGAAAGGGCCAGCAGAGUGCAGCGAUAACAAGGUCCUUGAGCCAGGAUUGUUUGUCUGGAAAUAUAAUAUGGAUUUGGUUGUGAUUGAAAUGGAGAAGAUACUGAAUGCUGAUCUUUUGGAGGAACUCGUUGCUGAGCUUCAAGCUGCGUGGGUCAUUAUGUGCAGCAGCUAUGCAGAUCCUUCACCAAUUUAGCAACAUUCGCCAAUUUCUUAGGCCAUGACUAGAAAAUCUAGAUGGUGGUUUUGUUUUCAUGGCUCUUUUAGAAGUUUCUAUGACAGUAAACCCUCAAAAAUCAAAAUGCUUCGUAUGUUGUAAGAAGUUCUUAGCCGAGUACUUCACGAAAUAAAUUGAUGCAGCUACAGCA